AUGCGAGAUUCACAAGAGCAUCAUAUCACGUGGGCUCAAAUGUAUAACGGUAUCUUAGCGAAUAGUGAACGCGAGAUAUCGAUUCUACGUUGCGGUGACAUAUUAAAAGAGGAUGUGUGCAUACAGUGGAUGGGUGCGAACACAUCAUUAGCACUUGAAUUCCAUUCAACUGAAGUGGACGUUUUCGUUUACUCGUACAUCGAUAAGAUUUAUGCAGCAUUUCAUUUCGAGAGGUGA